CAUCCACGGCACUCCCUCUUUCCUCGACAUCUUCCUCAUUUUCUCCAUUAAUUCACUCAAUUUCCCUGAUAAUAUAUAAACCCCACGCUAGCUCACUUUUCCACACAUAAAAUAUUUGAAAACCGACGCACAAAAACCCCAACUUUAUUUUCUCCGGCAAACUAUAGGAUAAUCUACGCUGAAUUAAACCCUAGCUUUAUUCGUUUCAUCAAAUUUUCACCUUGGAAAUUAAAUCAAUGGCUUUUCGAAAUGGGGUUAUUGUGUUUGAAGAUUUCUUUCCAGCCAUGGUUGAGAAAUUGGGAGCAGAAGGGUUUAUGGAGGAGCUGUCGAAAGGGUUUCGGUUGUUGACGGAUGGAGAGAAGGGAGUGAUCACAUUUGAGAGCUUGAAGAAGAACUCGGGAUUGCUUGGAUUGCAAGGCAUGAGCGAUGACGAGAUCAUGUGCAUGCUCAAGGAAGGUGAUUUGGACGGUGAUGACGCCUUGGAUGAGAUGGAGUUUUGCACCCUCAUGUUCAGAUUGAGCCCUGCCAUGAUGCAAAGUUCUCAAGAAUUACUGGUGGUAGCUUUAGAUAUGUAAUAAAUUAUAAAAUGUAGGAUCUCUCUUAUGUGGGAAUUUCGGUUUCUUUCAUUUCUUUGUUCUUCUUGCUCAUCUUAGUUUUGUAAUUUCGGGUAGCUUAUAAUAAUAAAACAGGUUACUCCUCUCUUUUCUUA